UGUAGGAGAGGGAGGAGGAAGGCUGAGUUUAGACAGGAGGAAAAGAGAGAGUGUAAAAAUAGCAUAUAAGAAGGAGGAAAUACAACAUUUAUCAUGGCGUCGGGGGACACUCUGUACAUAGAAACGGACGGGUCAGAAAUGCCAGCGGAAAUAGUGGAACUGCAUGAAAUCGAAGUAGAGACAAUCGAGACAACAAUUGUUGGAGACGACGGUGAACACCAGCCUAUGAUCGCGUUACAGCCUCUUGACUCGGAUGAUCCACACUCGAUUCACUCGCACCAGGAGGUGAUUUUGGUGCAAACAAGAGAGGAGGUGGUGGGCGAAGAUGACUCUGAACUGCACACGGAUGACGGGUAUGAGGACCAAAUCCUCAUCCCAGUGCCUGCCGUGGAGGAGGACUAUAUCGAACAGACUCUUGUUACUUGCGCCGGGAGAAGCUCUUCGACAGGCCGGAUGAAGAGGGCUGGAAGCGGAAAGAAAGCGGGCAAAAAGAGCUACAUGAGCGGGGGAGAAAUGGGCAGAAAGUGGGAACAGAAGCAGGUCCAGAUAAAGACUUUAGAGGGGGAGUUUUCAGUGACUAUGUGGGCAUCGGAUGACAAGAAGGACAUAGACCACGAGGAGCAAAUCAUAGGGGAAAACUCUCCACCAGAUUAUUCUGAAUACAUGACGGGGAAGAAGCUUCCUCCUGGAGGGAUCCCAGGCAUUGACCUCUCAGACCCCAAACAGCUGGCAGAGUUUGCACGAAUGAAGCCAAGAAAAGUAAAAGAAGACGAUGCACCCAGAACGAUAGCCUGUCCACAUAAAGGAUGUACCAAGAUGUUCAGGGACAACUCAGCGAUGAGAAAGCACUUGCAUACCCACGGGCCUCGUGUGCACGUCUGUGCAGAGUGUGGCAAAGCCUUUGUGGAGAGUUCAAAACUGAAGAGGCAUCAACUGGUACACACAGGAGAGAAACCUUUCCAGUGCACAUUUGAGGGCUGUGGCAAGCGGUUCUCUCUGGACUUUAACUUGCGCACACAUGUGCGUAUUCACACUGGAGACCGCCCGUAUGUGUGCCCCUUUGAUGGCUGCAACAAAAAAUUUGCCCAGUCAACCAACCUGAAGUCUCACAUCCUCACACACGCCAAAGCCAAAAACAACCAGUGAAAAGACAACGACGUGAACACACACUGGAGGACUUGACCCGUAUCUCCGCUUCUUGACAAACUAAUGUCCCGUGGCCUGCUUUGUUGUGAAACAAGAAGUCCCCUUUGUAUUAUCUCUAGAUAAAAGGUUUUUGAGAAAUUACCUUUUCUCAGACUUUUUGAUAAACUUAUGGAGGUUUGAACGAGGAACUCAUGAGAACCCCCCC